UCUGAUUUUGACUUCUCUAAUGUUAGGAAAUAAUUCUAAAACCGCUCUUCCAACACCAUCAUCACCAUCCCUUAUGAAAGCUGCGUAGGUUCAGAAACACAAGACCUUUAGUGUUCAAGCAUUGUACUCAUUUCAGAUCAGUUUCAAAACUAUGGACGAUCGAGUUGGGYCGUGGAGUGGGCAUGAAUAUGACGACAUCUUCAACCAUGUGAAGUCAUGUGGUCGAUAUCAGAUACUUUUGUAUGGCCUCAUUAAUCUCCAGGUAUUUCCCAUCGCAAGUCAGUUUGUCGGUCUCGUUUUCGCAACAGGAACUCCGGGCUUUCAUUGCGUGACAGAUAAUGUCACCUGCCCUGCUAAACAGUGCUGUGACGAAUGUACAUCGUACGUAUUUGAUGGACCUUUUACAAGCACAGUCUCUGAGUGGAACCUUAUAUGUGACCGCGCCUACCUGGGAGCUACUAUUAACUCCUGCUUUUUUGCUGGGAUGCUGAUUGGUUCAUUUGUGACCGGUAUGCUGUCGGACGCCUGGGGACGAAAAAAGUGCCUGUUCUUCUGUAAUGCUAUAAUGGUACGUAAAGAAAUACGCAAUGCUCUGACAUUUGAACGCAGAAUUUAUUCGAUUCCUUUUUUCGCUUUUUUCGGUUUUAGCCGUACAUCUUCUGAAACNCAAUUAAUCUCUGUAUAUCUCAGGUUCACUAUUGCUCUAGUGACGUUUGGUAUUAUGCUAUUUUUCUCACAACUUUAUGGAGACAUUUACUUGAACUACACCAUCAUAAUGGUGGCAACUUCGCUACGAGUACCAGUCACCUGGAUCGUGUUUUUGAAGUUUGGUCGACGAGUUCCCCACGCAGUUAUCAUAGCAAUUGGCGGCAUCUCUCUUCUUAUAAUUUUGGUUGUCUACAAAGAUGUUCCCUUGGCAACUACCGCCUUGUCACUGUUUGGUUACAUCAUGAUUGAGUGCAAUUGGACAGGUGUUUAUUUAAUAACCGCUGAGUUGUUUCCCACAAUUCUCAGAAACACAGCACAAGGAACUGGUUCAACAUGUGCUCGUAUUGGAGGGAUGAUCGCACCGUAUAUCGCGAUGAUGGGUCAGUUACCAGGACUUAGCAUUGCAUUUCCGUCCGCCAUAUUUGGUUGUGCCGCAGUGUUAGCUGGGAUACUAAUGUACUGGRUUCCUGAGACACUGUACUCACCAAUGCACCAAACCAUCAAACAAACCGAAGCAGCUGAAGAGGACUUUGGGAUACCUUGUUGUGGGAGGAAGCCAAAGUCUCACCACAUUGAAAGCAAGAUGUAGAAAGGAAAGAGUCUAGAAAAAAAUCUUCUUUGAUAUCAGAGAAUGAGGGCKUAAGUUAGUUUUCUAGUUUGUCAUUUCCUUUGAUGAUGUUUUUUUAAAAAUAUGGAAUAAAAUAGACUGAUUACUUCUGAUUGUUUGGCAAAAAUAACGCUUUGUGUUAAGAGAAAAUGAGUGCUUUUGAAAUAUCUCUGGCAUUUGUUUAAAUAUACCCACACUGAUUUAAACC